GCUGAUGAUUAUUGGGUACUCAACGAAUUACAUCGGCAAAUGGGGGAGUUUUGUGCACGCGGGGUUAUGGGAUGUCUGUUUGAUAGAUAAAAUGUGCUACGAACUAGAGCUGUUUCAUUACACGGAGAAUGAAGUAACAUGGAAAGGCUGGUUCUCUACAUGCCGGAAGUUACUUGCUGUCUGUCUAUCAGUGGAGGUCGUGGUUCUCUUGAUCACACUAUCAGCGCUCCUGAAAAAAGGAACGAUAACAAGCGCCUGGUGUACAAGUAUUGUAGUGUUUCUUUCAGUUAUUCUUGGUCUAGUUGGUAUAGGCGUGGCGGCGGUUCAAAUUAAUAAACUUUUGACAACACCUUUGUCAGGAAUCUCUGCCAGUUUUGGCUACACUGUGGGCUGGUCUUUUGACCUGAUCAUCUCUGGCCUUCUUCUGUUUACAUUGUCUGGAGUUCUCAACAUUGUGGACGCGAAGAGAUCGGCUAGACAAAUUACGUAGAGUUUGUAAAAA